UUAAACUUGAAAAAAAAAAAAAAAAAAAAAAAAUUUGUGUACUGAGAUCCCUAUAUUCUAUCAAAAGUUGUUAAACUUAAUGCAGAGAAUCAGAGUCACCAAACUCUUUCCUCAUCUCUUAGCAAAUUCUAAAAGCUUUACAACUUCUUCUUCUCUUAUAAUCCCUCCACUUCCAAAGAGGCCUUGUAUUAGUCCAUUUGCACCCUUUUCUUCGGGCUUUAUUACAGAUCGAAGAAACAACUUUCGAUUGUUGAACAAACCCAAGUCAGUUUCAAUCUCAACUAGCUUAUCAUCUUCUGCAAAGGAAGCCAUGGCUGAAAAUGCAGCCCCUUUACUCAGCGCCGUUAAUGACUUACAUGGAGGAGUUCGCGUCGAAAUGAAAGAACCCAUUAAUCCUCAGGAAUUUGGUGUUCUUCUUAGAGCUUCAAUGUCACAAUGGAGAGCACAGGAGAAGAAAGGGAUUUGGAUCAAAUUGCCUAUUGAGCUUGCAAAUCUUGUUGAAAUUGCUGUUAAGGAAGGAUUUAGGUACCACCAUGCCGAAUCGGAUUACUUAAUGUUAGUCCAUUGGAUUCCUGUAACUGCCGAUACUCUUCCUGCAAAUGCUUCUCAUAGUGUUGGAAUUGGUGCUUUUGUCAUGAAGGACAACGGAGAGGUGCUUGUAGUUCAGGAGAAAACUGGCAGGUUCAAAGGUUUAGGUGUCUGGAAGUACCCAACUGGGGUCGUUAAUGAAGGCGAAGAUAUUUGUACCGCUGCAAUAAGAGAAGUGAAAGAAGAGACAGGAAUUGACACAGAGUUUGUGGAAGUUUUAGCCUUUAGGGAAAGCCACAAGUUAUUGUUUACCAAAUCAGAUCUAUUUUUCGUCUGCAUGUUGAAACCUCGAUCCUUUGACAUUCAAAUACAGGUUGUAGAGAUUGAAGCAGCCAAGUGGAUGCCAGUGGAGGAGUAUGAAGCCCAACCAUUCAUCCAAAAUCAUAAGCUCUUCAACUUAGUUGCCAAAAUAUGCAGAGCAAAGUCAGUCGCAGACUACACCGGCUUUUCCCCGUGGUCUACAACUACAGCUUCUGGAAAAACAACCUCUUUGUACUUCAACAACCAGUAUAUUGAUCGCAUACAGUCUUCUGGUGAUCAUCACUCAAAAUGUUGAUUUGUUCAACAAAACUUUUUCUCACACUCAAAGAUAAAGCUCUUUUCUACUAUACACAUUCCUGUUUAUUUAUGUAUUUUGAAUAUAUGUAAAGAAUAAAUUGCAUUGUUGCACACCAAAACGUUUCACAUUGUGCAUAAAACACCCCAAACUUUUAGUCUUGAUAAAUUGCACCUUGAACUUUAAAAUCAAUUGACAUCCAAUAGUUAACGAGCAUUAUUAAAUUGAUAGUAUUUCAUGUGUUAAUCUCGUGUCUCAAACUGUCAAUUUAUUAACAUUCAUUAGCUAUUGGACCCCAAUUGCUAUCAAUUUUAAAGUUCAAGAUACAAUUUGUCAAAAGUAAAACUUUGAGGUGUAUUUUGCCAAAAUAUUGAAAAGUUUAGGCUACAAAAUUUACUCCAUGUGUAAUGUAGGAAAGAAUGCUAAAGACCAUUAAGUUCUGCUAUUGUUUCAAUGCAUAUGUUGACCAGUUUAUUACAAUUUUGGGAAUUAGUGUUGUUUCCCAAAGCAGUUUGUUGCAUUUGUUCACUGUAAUUCAAUUUGGUUUUUAUAUUUUGUAAUCAUACCAUCCAAGCUCCACAUGAAUAAGAUAAAGCUCGUGUUCCUUGUCAAA